AUGGCUAUAUGCACGUAGGAUAGAACGCGAUGAUAAGCUUCGCGCCCAACUCUACCGGCGACUAUCUCUUGCAUCGCUUCUGCGACGCCGACACGUCCGCCAGCGUCGACAAGUACGUGCGCAACGUCACAGACUCUUACACCGACACGAGCAAUGAGUCGUCCAUGGUGGCCGCCUCCGUCAUCAUGUUUGCCCUCGCCGGCAUCUUCUUCAACCUCAACCUCUUCAGCCGCUUCUCCGACGUCAGCGCCAUCCUCGACCCCAAGGUCCGCCUCUUCCUCUCCUCCUUGCUCUCCCUCUUCCUCCCCGUCAUGUCCUACCUCUUCUCCGAGGCCAAGAACGCCGGCAAGGUGGCCGCCGCCGCCGGCGCUGCCCGCCGCGAGGAGCCAGACCUCUCGCUGCAGGCCGGCUUGAUCCUCCUCUGGAUGCUCCUCGUGGAGCUCCUCCGCAAGAAGGUGGACGAGAUCCGCAUGCGCGGCUACUCCGGCACCAUCCAGCGUGCCGGCCGCGUCGUCUGGCUCGGCAGCCUCGUCUUCUUCAACCUCAAGAGAGUCGGCCGCAAGGCCGUGUUCGGCAUCUUUUGGGUGCUCUGCGCCACCAAGGUGGUGCAGAGGAUCGCCUUCACCGAGGUCGGCAAGCGAUCCUACGCACAUGGCAAGAACACGCGUCUCAUCACCUCCUACAUGUCACAAAUACUGCAGCAAGGUCGACCACAACCACAGGAUCAGCAAGAGCCCCAUCAGCACCAUUCGCCGUCGACCCAUGUCCUCGACGUUGAGGACGUUGAGCACCGGGCGACUGCCAGAAAUAACCAAGGUGGUGGCGGCGAGGCCAUGUUGAAGAGCUGCAGGUUCAUCGUCAUGGGUGAAGAAGACCUGGUUAUAGAACCAACUGCUGAUGGCUACAAGCUGAAGGAUAUCUCCCCCAACGACACCGUCCUCACUGUUGGAAAAAUCUGGGAUCAUGCCUAUUCCAACCUCGAGCAAGACCUACGGCUGCGGCUCAGGAGGUUGUGCCUCUCCUUUGCGCUCUUCAAGCUGCUACGGAGGAGGUUUGAGCACCUGCCGCCGGUGACCAAGGAAGAGACUCGCGAGUGUCGUGACCUACUCUUCGAUGGCAUCUACCAUGACAGGUCAGAGAAGGCAGCGGCGGAGCUAUUCCAGAUGAUGAACGACGAGGUGAACUUCCUGUGCGAGUACUACCACUCCGUCAUCCCCGUCGUCCUCGCGAGCCCUUUCUUCUUACUCGCCAACUACGUCCUGCUUCCCGUGGUGGUCCUCGGUUUGUGCCUUAUGACUGUCGUGCUCUGCGGCUUCGGUGAUGCGGGCUUCGCCUUCUCCAGCAUCACGACGGACAACUUCGCCAUAAAGUCCGGCGUCGUCAACACCACCAUGUGCCUCCUAAUCAAGUCCAUCUCCUCGCCGUCGGCCUUCUUCACGACGGUGGACUUUGCCAUCACCUUCCUCCUCUUAGCCAUCUUCUUCUACGAGGAGAUGUGGGAAUUCAUCGUCUUCCUCCUCUCAAACUGGUUCAUGGUGUCACUGGUCCACAACUACGUGACAAAGCGAUGGUGGCGUGAUAGCAAGAUGUUCAGGAGCUCUGUCCACCGCAUCAUAUGGUUGCGGAAAAAGAUGAGCCAGCCCAUCCUUGGCUUCAAGCAGUUCUCACUGCUGAACCUCCGGUGGCCGCUCGUCCUCGGCCUGCCAUCCAUGUUCUCUCUGGUGCUCGAGACGGCACCCGUGCCAAAAGGCGCCAAAUACGCCAUCAUGGAAUCGCUUGUGAAGCACAUCCAUGAUGGCACUGAUCUCAACAAUGGAAGCUCUGUUCUUGUGAACAGAGAAGACCUCUUGCCGGCGUGUCGGAGCGAUAGCCUCGCGGAGGUCAUCCUCACCUGGCACGUCGCUACCACCAUCAUGGAGGCCAAGUACUCUCCUGACAAGGGAAAGCAGAGCAAGGCUUCCCAGUACCACAUGGUGGCGACGAGGCUGUCCAAGUACUGCGCCUACCUGGUGGCCUUCCACCCCGAACUACUCCCGGACAACCAGGAAAAGUCAGAGCGCGUCUUCGAGGCCGCCAAGGAGGAGCUCAAGGGCACUCUCAAAUGCGCCCCCUACUACCUCUUGUGUUGGCGCUCGAGGGUCGACAAGGUCAUGGCGGCCCCCAACAGGGAGGCUACUGCGGCCUGGGAGGACGGCAAGGUGGUCCACAAUGGCACGAAGUUGGGGAAUAUGCUGAGGGAGGAACCUACGAGGGACGACGACACCCAGCGGGAGCAGACGUGGAAGCUGCUUGCCGACCUGUGGACGGAGCUCCUCGUGUACCUCGCGCCGUCGGGCGAUGAGGAGCGCGUGAUGGGGCACGAGAGUGUGCUGGUGCAGGGCGGCGAGUUCAUCACCGUGCUUUGGGCCUUGACCACCCACACCGGAAUAACCCGCCCCGAAAAGUAGUAUGGAUAUCUUUGCUGCGUGUGCGUUUUGGCCUAUGUGGCUUCAUAUUGGUUGGUUGCUUGCGUUUUUCUGUUUUCAUUAAAUUGUUUAUUUCUAAGCGGAUUGAGAACAUUUCAUUUGUAUUAAUAUUGUCAAUGAGCUGUUCACAAUCUUCCUAUUGCUAUGUUGGCCAGAAUAUUUUUUACAUAAAAUCAUCGAGAGCUCCGAACCGGCGCCCUUUGCGCCCCACUCUCAUGGGCCGGCCUAACAUGCAAGCUGCUCGCUUGGUCGGUCAACCCCGCUUCGUUCGCUCGUUUGGCGGUGGACUGGUUCACAUUAAUUUUUGAAAAACAACAUGUAUUUGAAAAAGUUUACAGAAUUUAAAAACAGAUCCUGGGUUUUAAAAAUGUUGAUGAAUUUGAAAUAAAAAUAAAAAUUAGGGAAACAAGCUUUUAGUAGCAUCCCCAAACUGGGCAAGCCA